AUGCUUAGCAUCAAUAGUCAAAAGAUGUUCCCACUCAAAGAAGGCUUGGGUAUGGGUCCAGAGACGCAGCUGGGCCUCGUCUCCGACACCAUAUUUUGCCCCUCUCUGUCCCAGUCUCCCUCCCUGCCUUUGGUGUGUACGAGGUCGAACACCGAGGUACUCGCGCCUACCCGGUACCACCGCCCCUGUCGAGACGAGUUUCGUCACAGCCCAUCAUCGUCCGAUAUCACAAAACCCGUGUCCCUCUUUUUUCUUCCUCGUCUUCUCUCACCAUCUCAACUCCUCGUCUCACGAUCACCAACCAAGUACACCUCCCAUACCUAUACCACCAAACAGCCACCAAUACUCCGUACCAUACAACGAACACACGGCCUCAAGCAAGACGCAUACAACGCACGAACCCGCACACGCACGCCAAGAGAUCUGCACGCUCAUACACACCUUUUCGGGCUUUCACUCUUAACACACCAACAUCCCACACAUUCUUCCUACCCAAAGUCUAAUCCUUUCCACACACCAUCACCUACAUCACACCUCAACCGUGUGUUGCUCGUAUCCCAGACAGUAGAAGCUGCAUCUCGCCUCUCUCUUUUUACCUAUCGAGCGCCCGCCCGCACUCGUGUCUGCUAG